AUGUUACCCCGGUCGGAGCGCUCGGUGUUCACGCAUGCUGAUAUUGCGCCACGCAAUGUCAUGGUGGACGAGCAGAAUAAUGUCACAGGCAUUCUCGACUGGGAAUCAGCGGGGUGGUAUCCCGAGUACUGGGAGUAUGCGCAGAUCAUGCGGCCGGCUUUUUGGGGGGACUGGUCGGUCUGGAUGGAGAAGACGGCGCCACAGCGGUGGGAUCUAGGAGGAAUAAAUGCUGCCAGGAAGGUUUUGUUUUGA